GUCGCUCGGCGAUUCUGCGUCAAACUCGACUUCAGGGGCCGUCGUAAAAGUGUCGCCUCCCGUCUCUUGGACCGGCCACAGGUUUCCGCCGGUCUCGGGCUGGGGGUCUGGAACUGCGCGCGUCAGUUUCCCUCAAGAUGGCGGAGGAGGAGGCCGGGGCUGUGGAGAGGAUGGAAGUCUGCACCGAGUUGCCCCAGACCCCUCAGCUGCUGGCAUCGUGGUGGGAUCAGCAAGCUGAUUUUUAUACAACUUUCUUGCAUCAUUUGGCACAAUUGGUACCAGAAAUUUAUUUUUCUGAAAUGGACCCCGAUUUGGAAAAGCAGGAGGAGAGUAUACAGGUGUCAAUAUUCACUCCACUGGAAUGGUACUUAUUUGGAGAAGAUCCAGAUAUUUGCUUAGAGAAAUUGAAGCACAGUGGAGCAUUUCAACUAUGUGGAAAAGUUUUCAAAAGUGGAGAGACAACUUAUUCUUGUAGGGACUGUGCAAUUGAUCCAACAUGUGUGCUCUGUAUGGACUGCUUCCAGAAUAGUGUUCAUAAAAAUCAUCGCUAUAAGAUGCAUACUUCUACUGGAGGAGGAUUUUGUGACUGUGGAGACACAGAGGCAUGGAAAACUGGCCCGUUUUGUUUAAGUCAUGAACCUGGAAGAGUAGGUACUACAUCAGAGAAUUUACGUUGUCCAUUGAAUGAAGCAGUAAUUGCACAAGCUAGGAAAAUAUUUCCUUCAGUGAUAAAAUACAUUGUAGAAAUGACAAUCUGGGAAGAGGAAAAAGAACUACCUCCUGAACUCCAGAUAAGGGAGAAAAAUGAAAGAUACUAUUGUGUCCUUUUCAAUGAUGAACACCACUCAUAUGACCAUGUCAUAUACAGUCUACAAAGAGCACUUGACUGUGAGCUCGCAGAGGCCCAGCUACACACCACUGCCAUAGACAAAGAGGGUCGUCGAGCUGUUAAAGCGGGUGCUUUUGCUGCUUGCCAUGAAGCUAAGGAAGAUAUAAAGAGUCAUUCAGAAAAUGUCUCUCAACAUCCACUACAUGUAGAAGUAUUACACUCUGAGGUUAUGGCACAUCAGAAAUUUGCUCUGCGUCUUGGUUCCUGGAUGAACAAAAUUAUGAGCUAUUCAAGUGACUUUAGACAGAUCUUUUGCCAAGCGUGCCUUAGAGAAGAACCUGGCUCAGAGAAUCCCUGUCUUAUAAGCAGGUUAAUGCUUUGGGAUGCAAAACUUUAUAAAGGUGCACGUAAGAUCCUUCAUGAAUUGAUCUUCAGCAGUUUUUUUAUGGAGAUGGAUUACAAAAAAUUCUUUGCUAUGGAAUUUGUGAAGUAUUAUAAACAGUUGCAAAAAGAAUAUAUCAGUGAUGAUCAUGACAGAAGUAUCUCUAUAACUGCACUCUCAGUUCAGAUGUUCACUGUUCCUACUCUGGCUCGGCAUCUUAUUGAAGAGCAGAAUGUUAUCUCCAUCAUUACUGAAACUCUGCUAGAAGUUUUGCCUGAGUACUUAGACAGAAAUAAUAAAUUCAACUUCCAGGGUUAUAGCCAGGACAAAUUGGGAAGAGUAUAUGCAGUAAUAUGUGAUCUAAAAUAUAUCCUGAUCAGCAAACCCACAGUAUGGACAGAAAGGUUAAGAAUGCAGUUCCUUGAAGGCUUUCGAUCAUUUUUGAAGAUUCUUACCUGUAUGCAGGGAAUGGAGGAAAUCAGAAGACAGGUUGGUCAACACAUUGAGGUGGAUCCUGACUGGGAGGCUGCCAUUGCUAUACAGAUGCAGUUGAAGAAUAUUUUACUUAUGUUCCAAGAGUGGUGUGCUUGUGAUGAAGAACUCUUACUAGUGGCUUAUAAAGAAUGUCAUAAGGCUGUGAUGAGAUGCAGUUCACAUUUUGCAUCUAGUAAUAAGACAGUUGUACAAUUAUGUGGUCAUACUUUAGAAACUAAGUCCUACAGAGUAUCUGAGGAUCUUGUAAGCAUACAUCUGCCACUUUCUAGGACUCUUGCAGGACUUCAUGUACGUUUAAGCAGGCUGGGUGCAGUUUCAAGGUUGCAUGAAUUUGUACCUUUUGAGGACUUCCAAGUAGAGGUACUAGUGGAAUACCCUUUGCGUUGUUUAGUAUUAGUUGCCCAGGUUGUUGCUGAGAUGUGGCGAAGAAAUGGACUUUCUCUCAUUAGCCAGGUGUUUUAUUACCAGGAUGUUAAGUGCCGAGAAGAAAUGUAUGAUAAAGAUAUCAUCAUGCUUCAGAUUGGUGCAUCUUUAAUGGAUCCAAACAAGUUUUUGUUACUGGUACUUCAGAGGUAUGAACUUGCUGAUGCUUUUAAUAAGACCAUAUCUACAAAAGACCAAGACUUGAUUAAGCAGUAUAAUACAUUAAUAGAAGAAAUGCUUCAAGUCCUCAUCUAUGUUGUGGGAGAACGUUAUGUACCUGGAGUGGGGAAUGUGACCAAGGAAGAGGUCACAAUGAGAGAAAUUAUUCACUUACUCUGCAUUGAACCCAUGCCACACAGUGCCAUUGCCAAAAAUUUACCUGAGAAUGAAAAUAAUGAAACAGGACUAGAGAAUGUUAUUAACAAAGUGGCCACAUUUAAGAAACCAGGUGUAUCAGGUCAUGGCGUUUAUGAACUUAAAGAUGAAUCACUGAAAGAUUUCAACAUGUAUUUUUAUCAUUACUCUAAAACACAGCAUAGCAAGGCCGAACAUAUGCAGAAGAAAAAGAGAAAACAAGAAAACAAAGAUGAAGCAUUACCACCACCACCACCUCCUGAAUUCUGCCUUGCAUUUAGCAAAGUGAUUAACCUUCUCAAUUGUGAUAUCAUGAUGUACAUUCUCAGGACAAUAUUUGAACGGGCAAUAGAUGCAGAUUCUAAUUUGUGGACUGAAGGGAUGCUCCAAAUGGCAUUUCAUAUUCUUGCAUUGGGCUUACUGGAAGAAAAGCAACAGCUUCAAAAAGUUCCUGAAGAGGAAGUGACUUUUGACUUUUACCAUAAGGCUUCAAGAUUGGGAAGUUCAGCCACAAAUGCUCAGAACAUACAAAUGCUUUUAGAAAAACUCAAAGGAAUUCCCCAGUUAGAAGGACAGAAGGACAUGAUAGUAUGGAUACUCCAGAUGUUUGACACAGUGAAGCGAUUAAGAGAAAAAUCAUGUUUAUUUGUAGCAACUUCAUCAGGAUUAGAAUCUACCAAGAAUGAUGAGAUUACUCAUGACAAAGAAAAAGCAGAACGAAAAAGAAAAGCAGAAGCUGCUAGGUUGCAUCGUCAGAAGAUCAUGGCCCAGAUGUCUGCCUUACAGAAAAACUUCAUUGAAACCCACAAACUUAUAUAUGACAAUACAUCAGAAAUGUCUGGGAAAGAAGACUCUAUUAUGGAAGAAGAGAGCACCCCAACAGUCAGUGACUACUCUAGAAUUGCUCUGGGUCCUAAGCGAGGCCCAUCUGUUAUUGAAAAGGAGGUGCUGACAUGCAUACUCUGCCAAGAAGAACAAGAGGUGAAAAUAGAAAAUAAUGCCAUGGUAUUAUCGGCCUGUGUCCAGAAAUCUACUUCCUUAACCCAGAACAGGGGAAAACCCAUAGAACUCUCAGGAGAAACUCUGGACCCACUUUUUAUGGAUCCAGAUUUGGCAUAUGGAACUUAUACAGGAAGCUGUGGUCAUGUAAUGCAUGCAGUGUGCUGGCAGAAGUAUUUUGAGGCUGUGCAACUGAGCUCUCAGCAGCGUAUUCAUGUUGACCUUUUUGACUUGGAGAGUGGAGAGUAUCUUUGUCCUCUUUGCAAGUCUCUGUGCAAUACUGUGAUUCCCAUUAUUCCUUUGCAACCUCAAAAAAUGAACAGUGAGAAUACAGAAGCUGUUGCUCAAUUUUUGACCCUGGCACGAUGGAUGCAGACUGUUCUGGCCAGAAUAUCAGGUUAUAAUAUGAAACAUGCAAAAGGAGAAAUUCCAGCAAUUCCAGUUCUGUUUAAUCAAGGAAUGGGUGAUUCAACUUUUGAAUUCCAUUCUAUUCUGAGUUUUGGAGUCCAGUCCUCAGUAAAAUAUUCUAAUAGCAUCAAGGAAAUGGUCAUUCUCUUUGCCACGACAAUUUAUAGAAUUGGACUGAAAAUGCCUCCAGAUGAAAUGGAUCCUCGAGUCCCCAUGAUGACCUGGAGCACGUGUGCUUUUACUGUCCAGGCAAUAGAAAACCUCUUGGGAGACGAAGGGAAACCUCUAUUUGGAGCACUUCAAAAUAGACAGCACAAUGGUUUAAAAGCAUUGAUGCAGUUUGCCAUUGCACAGAGGAUUACCUGUUCUCAGGUCCUGAUACAAAAACAUCUGAUUCGUCUCCUGUCAGUUGUUCUUCCUAACCUAAAAUCAGAAGAUACCCCUUGUCUUCUAUCAAUAGAUCUAUUUCAUGUUUUGGUAGGUGCUGUGUUAGCAUUCCCGUCCUUGUAUUGGGAUAACAAUGCUGAUCUGCAGCCUUCAUCAAUUAGUUCCUCUUAUAAUCACCUUUAUCUUUUCCACUUGAUCACCAUGGCACACAUGCUUCAGAUACUUCUAACUAUAGACACAGACCUCCCGCUUGCUCAGGUUCAAGAAGAGAGUGAAGAGGCUCAUUCUGCAUCUUCUUUCUUGUCAGAAGUUUCUCAAUAUACAAAUGGCUGCAUUGAAUGUGGUAUUCCUGGCUGGUAUUUGUGGGUCUCCUUGAAGAAUGGCAUCACUCCUUACCUUCGCUGUUCAGCAUUGUUUUUCCAUUAUUUAUUGGGGGUAACUCCACCUGAAGAACUGCUUACCAGUUCUGCAGAAGGAGAAUACAGUGCACUAUGUAGCUAUCUAUCUUUGCCCACAAAUUUGUUCCUGCUUUUCCAAGAAUACUGGGAUACUGUAAGACCUCUUCUCCAGAGAUGGUGUGCAGAUCCCGCAUUACUGAACUGUUUGAAGCAAAAAAGCACCAUAGUCAGGUACCCUAGGAAAAGAAAUACUUUGAUAGAACUUCCUGAUGACUAUAGCUGCCUUUUAAAUCAAGCAUCUCAUUUCAGGUGCCCACGGUCUGCAGAUGAUGAGCGAAAGCACCCUGUCCUCUGUCUUUUCUGUGGGACCAUCCUGUGUUCUCAGAACAUUUGCUGCCAAGAAGUUGUGAAUGGGGAAGAAGUUGGAGCCUGCAUUUUUCAUGCACUUCACUGUGGAGCUGGAGUGUGCAUUUUUCUAAAAAUCAGAGAAUGCAGAGUGGUUUUGGUUGAAGGUAAAGCCCGAGGCUGUGCCUAUCCAGCUCCUUACUUGGAUGAAUAUGGAGAAACAGACCCUGGCCUAAAGAGGGGUAACCCCCUUCAUUUAUCUCAUGAGCGGUAUCGCAAGCUCCAUUUAGUGUGGCAACAACACUGCAUUAUAGAAGAGAUUGCUAGGAGCCAGGAAACAAAUCAGAUGUUAUUUGGAUUCAACUGGCAGUUACUAUGAGCUCCACUCUGCUUUGGAACAAUAAUGAAUGAAGACAGUAAUGAAGACUGAUUGAAAAUUAUGGAGACCUUUCUGAGGUUUGGGGAAGGGGUAAAGGGUCUUUUGCUCCAUGUCCAGAUUCACAUAUAUCAAUAAAAUAUUCCUUAAUGGAGUAUUGCUUUCAGUUAGCAAACAUGCUUCAAUGAAAAAGUACAUAGAUUUCUUCUGUUUGGUGUUCCAGAACACUAAAGAAUUGCUUUGCUCGCCCCAAGUAUUUGAUUCUGCUAUUAUUUUCAGGAAACUGGUUCCCCUUCAAAAUCUGCAUCAUUUUAUUUCAUUUUAUCCACCUCAUAAAUGAAGUCACAUCAAGUAGUUGUGGAAAUUUCUGUGUGUUGGUUAGCUCUUCCAUAGUUUUAUAUUUAUGGUUUUCCCACCAAGUUUGAUUUAUCUAACAUUGGGACACUGAGAAGAUUCUAGUAAUCUGUAAGUCUUCCUUGCAGCUAAAGAGGCGUUGCGGAAAGCAUGCAGUGUAUUUCAGUUGGAAAAAAUCUUCCCAAGAAGUAGUGGUUUAGAGUAUAAGUGCUCCAAAAGUCUAGAUUAAAUUAUUUAUCUUUCAAUAAAAUACUCCCUAAUGUGCCACUUGCUGCUUCAGUCAGAAACUAAAUUAAGUUUAUAUGUGAAUAAAGUUGGCUCUCCUAAGGUCUGUCAUUUGGAAAAGCUUUUUUCCUAACUAUAGAACUCAAGAAGCAUUAGGGAAAUGUACUCAUUAUUCAUGCUUGAUAGAAAAAGAAUUUACAAUCCUCACUUCUGGCCACAAAUUACUUUGUUAUGUUUUGAAAUUAUGCUUCCCAUUUUCCAAAAGCAAGUUUCUAGAAGUAAAUCCCUUGUCACGGCCUCUUUGAUUUUUGAAGCCUGAUACAGGCCUGAUAUAAACUAUGUAGAAUGAAGUUGAAAAAAAUUACUCCAGUGAUUGGAGCAUGACAGCUGUAAAUUAAAUAAUCAAAUUAAAACCCAUCCUGUAACCUCAUAUCUUUGUAAGGCAGAUCCUUUAUUUAUUGUCUCUGUGCAAACUUUUUCAUAAACCCUGGUUAUAUGACUAGCAUUAACUACCAAAAAAGCCAUGUGAUCAAUAGUCUGUGUCUGUGUAACAUGCUGUGGCUGAGCCAUCUUGUUUAUAAAAUGAUAGUGCUCUCCUAAAUCCUACAUAGACUUACUGGUUUUUUUAGAUUUAAAUUUUUUGUAUCAUGAACUUGUGCUAUGAAACAAAAAAAUAUACAUUGGAAUCUUCUGUUUUAGCUUUUGUUAUCUCUGGAGUAAUGUUAGGCUAGGAGUUUGAAGACACAUUUAAAAAUUAUCUCAAUGAUGUUUUCCUACCUUCUUUUUGUUCAGCAAAGGCAAGUGACUAAAACUAUACUUGUGAAAUGAUGGAUGAAGCGUACUUGGGGUUGAGUUUUUUGGUAUUUUUUUAUGUAAAGAAAAUGUGGAUUUUUCAGUAAGGAAUUGCAUGAGCGGGCAUCAGAUCACAAUCAUGAAUUUCUAUUCGAAUAAUUAUUAUUCAGAUGAUGAUCAUGAAAUAGAUGCAACUCCAGAGUAUUUGUAACACUUGAUGGAUGAAUAUCAGACAAUUUGGUAUUCAGUCUGUCUGAUUUGCCAGUAUGAUUAAAUGAUUUAUUUCCCAUCAUUUCUUACAUCAUUUUGUUGAUUUGAUUGUCUAUAAGUCUAAGCCAGAAUAGGCAACAGAAAAUGCUAACUUAAUGCCCUAAUCAGUUGGCCCCAGUUUAGAAAAGAUAAACUGAUUUUUCAUUUCUAGUCUUUCUAUAUUUAUUUCAUGAACCUUGGAGCUAAAUUCUCAAGCUGCCAGAGGACCUGUCCUGCUAUGGCCAGCCAGACCUUUACUGCCAAAGAGCCCAUUUCAUAUUGAGUUCUGCUUGUUAAAAUUGAUUCUGCCCUCCACACUGUAAAUGAGCAUGUGCUGCCCUCAGCCCAAGGAAUUUCUAAUUAUUGUCAGAUAUCCUAGUGGUUUGCCUUUGUCAUUGCAAACAAUUUAAUCUGUUUAUGAAGUUUACUUAAAAUGAGCAAAAAGUCACUUUAUUUUCCUUAGGAUAGUAUUGGAGGAACUAGCUCAACUAGCUCCAAAACUGUUUAUUCCGAUGUUGAUGAGGGGCUGGCAGGAAUUUUAAUGAUACAGUAAAGAAAAACAUGUCUGUGUAAUUAAUUUAUUAUGUUCGUGUGUAUGGGCUGUGAGUUUACUCCUUAGUGGUCAUUUGUCAUUUCAUAACAACUAUGCAUUUGGUUCACUGUGAUGAUCUGUAUUUAGUGACUGCAACAUGUUUAUACCACUGAUUCAAAUUCCAUCCAUGAUGAAGUUAUACAAAUAAUGCAUAUAUUGAUAUCUUUUAUUGCAAAAUGUAAAUUUAAAACUUGUAUAAUGUUCUUGUGCUUUUUGAAAUAAAAUAUCUUAUAUGUGUAUAUUUAAAAAGAAAAAGGGGACUUCUCAUGUUUGU